UCUCGCGCAGGCGCCCCAGGACAGUGGCUUCUCUGCGACCGGAGUGCCGCCAUAUUGGUAAGGGUAUGGGGCGGAGAUAGAACGAAACUUCCUGUUCUCGCGGGAGCUAGAGGCGGGACUGCCACGUCCGAGCAAACCGGGAAAGGAAAGGAUCCCGGAGCCGGUGAGAAUUCCCUGCGUUUUCCUACAGUCCCUUUCCAGGCCUAUUCCCCACCUAAUUGGUCAUAGAGACGAAGGUCCAGAGAGUCCGUAAAGUGGAGGAUCAAAGCUUAGAUCGGUGUCCCGGGGGCCCUACAUCCGGGAGGGUUUUGGGGGUAAAGAGAACGAGUCUCGGGAACAGUGUGGGUGGGGACAGAAUGGAAUGGGGGAGCAGCCCACAGAGGUGGACUGAGGGCGCAAGCUAAGUAAAGUGGACCUUGCGUAGAUAUAGAGUUGAGGGUCAAGUGGAGUCACUAUCUCUGUCCCUCUGGUCAGUGUGAUGGCCAGAAGCCUGGGGGCCCCCCACUGGGUGGCCGUGGGACUGCUGACCUGGGCGGCCUUGGGGCUGCUGGUGGCCGGACACGGGGGUCAUGGCGACACGCACGAGGACCAGCAAGAGGAGGACUUCCGUGGCCACAGUCACAGGCACUCACAUGAGGAUUUACACCAUGGACACAGCCAUGCCCAUGGGCAUGGUCACACUCACGAGAGCAUCUGGCAUGGGCAUACCCACGGUCACGACCAUGGACAUUCACAUGAGGAUUUGCACCAUGGCCAUGGCCAUGGCCACUCUCGUGAGAGCCUCUACCACAGAGGACACGGACAUGACCAUGAGCAUAGCCAUGAAGGCUAUGGGGAGUCUGGGGCUCGAGGCAUCACGCAGGACCUGGAUACUGUCACUCUCUGGGCCUAUGCACUGGGGGCCACAGUGCUGAUCUCUGCCGCUCCAUUUUUCAUCCUCUUCCUUAUCCCCGUGGAGUCAAACUCCCCCCGGCAUCGCUCUCUGCUCCAGAUCUUGCUAAGUUUUGCUUCAGGCGGGCUCCUGGGAGAUGCCUUCCUGCACCUCAUUCCUCAUGCCCUGGAACCUCAUUCUCACCAUACUCUAGAGCAGCCUGGACAUGGACACUCCCACAGUGGCCAGGGCCCCAUUCUGUCUGUGGGACUGUGGGUUCUCAGUGGAAUUGUUGCCUUUCUUGUGGUGGAGAAAUUUGUGAGACAUGUGAAAGGAGGACAUGGACAUGGACAUGCUCACGGUCACACACAUGGAAGUCAUGGACCUGGAAAACAGGAGCAUCCUUCAAAGGAGAAACAGAGCUCAGAGAAAGAAGAAAAGGAAACAGAGGGGUUGCGGAAGAGAAAAGAAGGGAGCAUAGGACCGAAAGAUGGGCCAGUGAGACCUCAGAACGUUGAAGAAGAAAAAACAGGUUCAGACCUGCGUGUGUCCGGGUACCUGAAUCUGGCUGCUGACUUGGCACACAACUUCACAGAUGGCUUGGCCAUUGGUGCUUCCUUUCGAGGGGGCCGGGGGCUUGGGAUCCUAACCACAAUGACUGUCCUGCUACAUGAAGUGCCCCAUGAGGUUGGGGACUUUGCCAUCUUGGUACAGUCUGGCUACAGCAAAAAACAGGCGAUGCGCCUACAACUGCUGACAGCGGUAGGGGCACUGGCAGGCACAGCCUGUGCCCUUCUAACUGAAGGAGGGGCAGUGGGAAGUGAAGUUGCAAGUGGUGCAGGUCCUGGUUGGGUUCUGCCAUUCACUGCAGGUGGUUUUAUCUAUGUAGCAACAGUGUCCGUGUUGCCUGAGCUGUUGAGGGAGGCAUCACCAUUGCAGUCACUUCUGGAGGUGCUGGGGCUGCUGGGGGGAGUUGCCAUGAUGGUGCUGAUUGCCCACUUCGAGUGAGAGGUGGGAUAAAUUGCCCCAACCUCUGCCCCAAACCUCUACCCCUAGCUCCAGAUCAGGGGUCUAUAGAGGUUGGGGGCCCUAGCCAAGGACAUCUGCCAAAGGAAGGAGUUGUAGCCCAGGAGAAUGGUGACUUUGGCAUUAAGGCCUUCAAGUGUGGCAGUCUUACAGGGGUUGUAGAGGUGAGAAUGAGAGGCCAGAGGUACCAUAGUGUUGGGCACCACCUGACCAUGUUGUUGGGUUUGGAGGACUAAAUGGGUGGGGCCAUGAAGAAAGCUGGAAGGGAGAGGGGUGAUAGUCUACCUAGUGUUCCCUACUCCACCUGUUCUCAGAGGACCAAGCUGUCACACACAGGUUCUCCAAAGUACACCUAUCUCUCCCACGAGUUGGUGGAGGCUUCAGGGAAGACCAGAGCUCUGGACAGAGGAGGUCACAGGAGGAGCCGGGAUAAACAUCACUUAAACAUCAAUCGUGUGUCCUGAUUUGGGAGUGAUUGGGGGAUGGGAGGGUGGGAGAGGGUUAGCUGGUGAUCUCAUGGCCUGAUUUUUUUUGUUUCUAUUCUUUUUAUAUCACUGUGUUUAAAUUGAGGGGGAGGGGUGGUGGCCGGAAAUAAAGCCCUCGGAUCUUCCGCCCCACA